UCACGUUCAACCUUGGAUAAUGGACAGGUUUAUGUUGAUUUUCGCGAAGAAAUAACUUUGUGAUUGUGAAUGAUAAAUCUUCAAGUGAUUUUGUGAUGAUGGCAAAUCUAAUUCAUUUCUUGGUACUUUUUGGAUGUAUACUUAUGUGUAUAUGCCAGGAUUACGAUGUACAAGAAACCUUAAGUCAAGAACAAAGUGAAGGAAAUCCAAGCUAUUCGUUUGGUUAUGGAGUCUCCGAUGCACAAACUGGUGAUGUUAAAACUGUAUGGGAAUCAAAGAACGGUGACACUUUUAAAGGUCACUACAGCGUGAUAGAACCCGACGGUUCUAUGAGGACUGUAGAAUAUUCAGCGGGACCUGAUACAGGUUUUACAGCUGUCAACAUUGAUGCUAACCAAAAUGAACCACUGGAUUCUCCACAGCCAAAUCCAGAUUUAAUGGAAGACAAGGCACUCCGAGAUUACGACAGAUACUAUGAUUUCUCUGAAGACUCAGAUCUCGACCCACCUUAUAAAACGAAUGAAAAGAAAAGAAAAAGGUAUCCAUAUGAAACCCAAUUCAACGAUUAUUCUUUUGCUAAGCGGCCCAAACAUCCUUCAGACUUAGAUGCAAGUGAAUACACUCACAGCAUUAGUAUUAAGCAUCCUCGUGAUGAUGGAUUGGACUCCCCUCAUAGUCACAUGGGGUAUAGCACAGAUGCAAACUGCAAUAAGAAACAUAAGCCGGAAAGUAAUUACUAUGGGAAUAUAGCAGAUUUAGAUUUUAGAAAACAAAAAUACCCACCUUACCAAGAACCAACCAAAUAUGAUAGUGAAAAAUACAAAUCGGAGGCGUCAUCUAUAGAUUCCGAGAAAUAUAUCAAUAGCUACAGACAUGGUUUCAAACCUCUGAAACCUGAUGAAUAUAAUGAACCACAAACAAAGUACGGAUAUUCAAACCUUCACGAUUUGCCACCACCAGAGAGUUAUUCUGAUUAUUUGCCUCCUCGGCCCAAGAAAAAGUUUAGGCCACACAGAAUUCCGGAUUCCUACGAUCCAGAGAACUUAGACGAUUAUGUUCUAGUUCCAAAAAGGAAAUUGAAGAAACCUCAGCGUAUAGUCGACGAUUACCAACCAGAACCUGAGGAAGAUUUCGACCAUCGGAUACCAUACUCAGCCUAUGAUGAUGAAUAUGAAGACGACCGGUACCAAAGACCGUCACGAGUACCCACAGGACCUCAAAAGGAAGAGAAAAUUGUUAAAAAAAUAGUGAAAAAGAAACCAGUUAUAAAUAUCUUAGACAUAUUUGACAUAUAAUACAAAUUAGAUUAAGCUCUUUGACUGUGUGAGUGUGUGU